GAGCGACCGACCUCCUGUUGGAUAAACUGUGCAUGCAUAUACAUAUCCAUAGCUCUCGCUAAAGUUCAUCGCUCUUAUCGAAGGUCUCUCCAGCUGUUGAUAACACACACAUGUUAUAUUGUUUAUGUUUUUUUUUUUUGUUGCGGUUUUGCGAUAAUUUAGUGUGUGAACAUAUACUAUAUAAACUGGCGAUUAACCUCUACGGCGCUGAGUAGGGCAGAUAAAAAUGCCAGCGCCCUCGGAACUCUAGUUAAUUUUGCAGCUGCAUCGAGAUCGAAAUGGUUCACGUCACCGAGGAUGUUUUUGCCGCUGGCGCAGUCAAUCCAUUCACCAAGAAAACGGAGCCCAUCCGACGCUUCACCCUCAGCAAUGGCAAUCGCAUGUCUGUCCAGGUGAUCACCCUGGGCGCCACCAUUACCAGCAUCAAGACAGAGGAUGUCAGCGGCCAGCUGGAUGACGUGACUCUCGGAUUUGAUGACCUGGCGGGUUAUCAGAGCGAUAAGAAUCCAUACUUUGGGGCCACCAUUGGACGGGUGUGCAAUCGUGUGGCCAAUGGACGCUUCAGGCUGGAUGGCGAGGUUGUGGAGGUGUCCAAGAAUCGGGAUAACAAAUUCCAGCUGCAUGGCGGAUUCGUGGGCUUCGACAAGGCCCACUGGGACGUGGUGGCGGUGCGCCAAGACGGCGUCACACUCUCGCACACCAAUCCCGAUGGACAUGAGGGUUAUCCCGGCCAGGUCACGGCCACGGUGAGCUUCACCCUCAGCGAGGACAACUGCCUGCAUGUCCGCAUGAUGGCGGAGAGCGACAAGCCCACGCCCGUGAAUCUCACAAAUCACUCGUACUUCAACCUGGCUGGCCACAAGGCGGGUGCCAACGGUCUCUACGAGCACACCAUCGAGAUCAAUGCCUAUGGGAUCACGGAAACGGACAAGGACUCAAUACCCACCGGCAAGGUCACACUGGUGGACGGAACUUCUUUCGAUCUGCGCGUGCCCAGCAAUCUGGGGGAGCGCCUCAAGCAGCUGCAGCCGGCCCGCGGCUACGAUGACAAUUUCUGUGUGGAGUUUGAUCCGCCACAGCCCUUUGCCAAUGUGGCCAGAGCAACGCAUCCGCCCAGUGGACGCUGGCUGGAGGUGGUCAGCAAUCAGCCAGGCGUUCAGUUCUAUACGUCCAACUUUAUGCCGGAUGUGGAGCGCGGAGAGCCAGCCAUUCCUGGCAAGGGUGGAGCUGCCUAUGCCAAGCAUGGGGCCUUCUGCCUGGAGACCCAGAAGUUUCCCGAUUCUGUGAAUCACAGCAACUUCCCUUCGACGACCUUGCGCCCUGGCGAGCACUACAAUCACGAAGUCAUCUACAAGUUUGGCGUCUCGCACACAGUCUGAGUGCGUCCGAACUUCCUCCUUAUCUAAGCCCAAUAUGCCAUAAAUGCCAUGUAUCCGACUAACCCAACAACGUAACAAUAAUAACCAAUAAACAGAAAGCACGAAA